GAGCGAGUAAGAACAAGCACAACCGCACUGGAGAACUCCAGCAAGACUACACACAAAGCUUCACGGAACACGCAUACAAGUCCUGGGAUCACACAGCUCCCUCGCACACUUGAGUUAUGGGAGGUGCCACCAUUUCCAGUUGACAAGUGCGCACUCGGACAUAGAGUGUGUGUAGCCCCUACAACAUGGCUUGGUUACGCACAUGUUUUGUGUUGUCUUGUGUUGGACAGGUGUUGGCAAAUCCACCAGCCGAGACGCGAAUCUAUUUGGAUAACAUUACACGCAUUUUGGAUAGAUUAUUAGAUGGAUAUGACAACAGAAUCCGACCGGGAUUUGGAGGUCCUGUCACAGAGGUAAAAACUGACAUCUUUGUCACUAGCUUUGGUCCUGUAUCUGAUGUUGAAAUGGAAUAUACAAUGGAUGUGUUUUUUCGGCAAACGUGGAUUGAUGACAGGCUGAAAUUUGAGGGCCCAAUUGAGAUCUUGCGUCUCAACAACCUAAUGGUCAGCAAGAUCUGGACACCGGACACAUUCUUCCGAAAUGGCAAACGCUCUAUUUCACACAACAUGACCACUCCCAACAAGCUGUUUCGCAUCAUGCAGAACGGAACUAUCCUGUACACUAUGAGGUUGACCAUUAAUGCAGAAUGCCCCAUGCGACUGAUAAACUUUCCAAUGGAUGGGCAUACUUGCCCUUUGAAAUUUGGUAGCUAUGCCUAUCCUAUGAGUGAGAUUGUAUACACAUGGAAGAAAGGGCCAUUGUUUUCAGUGGAAGUACCUCAGGAGAGCUCCAGUCUUCUACAGUAUGAUCUCAUAGGACAGACAGUGUCUAGUGAGCGUCUAAAGUCAAAUACAGGUGAAUACAUUGUUAUGACUGUCUACUUCCACCUGCAGAGGAAGAUGGGUUUCUUCUUGAUCCAAACAUACAUCCCAUGCUUUAUGACAGUUAUUCUGUCACAGGUCUCCUUUUGGAUCAACAAAGAGUCAGUACCUGCCAGAACAGUGUUCGGCAUCACCACGGUCCUAACUAUGACUACGCUGAGCAUCAGUGCUAGACACUCUCUUCCCAAGGUCUCCUAUGCCACAGCAAUGGACUGGUUCAUCGCCGUCUGCUUCGCCUUCGUCUUCUCUGCCCUGAUUGAGUUUGCAGCUGUCAACUAUUUUUCCACUUUGCAGGCCAACAAGGAACUUCGGCGGACAAAUGCGGCCCGCUCUGCAGCCAAUAGUGAUAGAGAAGUCAAUUCGCAUCCUCUGGACCCUGGAGGUGUGUUAAAGAAAAGACUGAAUUCCUUAUCUCAAAAUGAUGCUACUGAGCGGUUCUCCAGACCGCCUCAGCCUGAUUUCCGUCAGCAAGGUUCUGCUGUCCCUGCCAACAACAUGCUGACAGGAACCAGCAUCAUUGACAAGUACUCACGGAUCCUCUUUCCCCUGUCUUUUGGAGCAUUUAACCUGGUCUACUGGAUUGUCUAUCUCACCAAAGACACUAUGGAAUCAAGGGAAGUUUGAGCUUUUAUGCCUCCAAGAGAAACUCUAAAGACAAUGCCCAUGUAAUGAAUUGACACAUGGAUGGAUGGAGGGAUUGACUUAAAGAUGGAUGGAUGGAAAGCAAUUUACCAGGGCCAUGAUGCUGCUGUCUGUGGUUCUGAUGAGAGUGGACACCAUCCUUCUUCCUGACCCUCCUUCUCUUCUGGCCCUGAGAGUAUGUGUUGACCUCUUGUUUUUGUGGCAUGACACACUCUGGCUGCAGAAUAACACUGCUCUUCCCUAUAGACAUUCAAGGUGCAUUGACACUUGAUGUCACAUUGACACAACAUUCUCCCCGCAAUUACUACAACAAACUGCUAACACUGAUACAUUAUUAAAAAGCAGACAAUUCAUUCCAGGGCGCAAUAGAAACCGUCGCUUUUGAAUUAUAAGGUUCUAUCUGACAUUUUUGAAAAAAUUGAGUUAUUCACAUAUUCUUGACAUAUUCUGUAAUAACUUAUUUACAUUAUGCAAUGUUUGUUAUUUUACUGUGUACAUUUUGAGAAAACAAAAAGGUUCUAUCUGCCAGUUUAUCAGGAUUUUGAAUGCACACAAGAUGACCAAUCAGGUUUCUUUGUCAUGUGACCGGUAGAUUGAACCUUAUAAUUCUAAACAAAAUGUAAUUUUUCAGAAUCAGAAGGUUCUAUCUGCAUUUGACCUGUUACAAAAAUCCCCAUUUCAAAUUUCUGAAAAUGUUGAUAUUUUACAUUAAGAAUACAUUUAUGGUAUCUGUAUUUUACAUUUAAGCAUGAUACAUGUAUGAUGAUUUUUUCUAUAUGAAAUACCAAAACUCUUAUGCUCAAUUUUCUAAAAACUACUCAAACUCAAACUACUUUGAGCCUAAUCUUGAAAAAAAAACGAACAAUAUAUUUAAACCAUGAUACCAAUUGUUGCCAUUACAUCUGGAGCCCUUCUUGGAAUGUUGUCAGAUUCUAAGAAAAUAUAUUUUUGAAUGAAGAAAACAAAAGGGUGGAUUGUUAUUCCAGAAUAUGAGAUGGUCAAAAGUGGACUUUAUCUGUGCCAUUCAGAAGGUUGCACAUGGUCAUGUAAAUCACUGGUUCUUAAACUGGCUUUACUAAAACUGGUUUCACUGACCAUCAAGGUAUGAAGUAACACAAUAGUUGAAACUGCUUGCUGUAUACAGACAAAUUUUUGUUAAUCCUAAUUUGAUGCCUAAAACAAUGAUGUAAUUAUGUAUUAUAUUAUAAUUCUUAUUUAUAAUUUUUUGGAUUCUGCAUUGUUUUUUUCCAUCCGCCCCUUAAAUGUCAAGGUUUUUUAUUUAGGUACAAAGUUUAUGUAUUUUGAAGCAUAUAUUUAGUGUUAAGUACUGGUAUAGCACACUUAAGUGUACCAUUUUUGUACUGCUUGAGACUAAAUUGCCCCACUUCAUAGUUUAAUAAAGUGUACUUUAGAGUAUGGAUUAAGUGUACUGUAACAGUGGAAAGCUUUGAGUACACUACUAUGUUUUUCUUAGAAAGUAGUCUACAUUUCUGAGUAGUAUAUUUCUGAGUACAUAAAACGUACUGAAAAUAUACGUGUCAUUUUUAAAGAAUGUUCCCUAUUGCAAAAAAAGGUUUAGUGCUGGAAUUCUGUAAAUGGGUGUGUUAAUUGGUCUUUAAAUAACCAUGCAGACAAUCACUGUAACAAAAGGUGCCUCAGACCAUUUUCCUAGUUUGCACUGAAUACAUCCAGGAUGUUAAAGAAGUCCAUUAUGAAUUUUGGGUUUUGAUCCAUCUUUUUUUGGCAUUAGGAAAGAAUUGUCAAUCCACGUUUGUGGCUUUAUAUAUUUGACUUUAAAACAUACAUUAUAUGUCAUUUUAAAAUAUAUUCAACUCGUGCACCUCUAGUUUAAGCGGCGACUUUUUAGCCUCUUUGCAUCCCUUUGGAGGUUCUUCAGUUGUUGACACAUACUCCCAAUAGUUAUGCUGGGUUCACACCAAACAUAAACAAUUGCUUUCCACGCUCUUUAUUACUCGCAAGAAAAGUUUGUUAAUUUCCCAUGAGAAACACAAGCUUACAAAUAUUUUCAACUUUCAUGGAAGAGGAGAUUGAUGUGCAUUCAUGGCAAUCGCGCCGCCCGAUUCGCAUCAUUCGCAUCGCGUCUAUUCAAGUCUUUACAUUUGUUGUUGUAUAUAAUUUACUCGUGCAAAUCGCAUUAUUUGUGUUUGGUAUAAACCCCCCAUUAAUAUUCAGCCUUAUGUGACUUACCUCUGCAACUGUAUUUAUAAAUGCAUAAAAAAUUUAGUUUAUUUAUCAGAGAUAAUCUGCGUUAUUUUUGUUAUAUUUUUUUCCAAAUGCUAGAGCUCACCUUAGGCAAAGACUGUGUGUUAUCUUCAGACCAGUGGCGGAGCCAGAGAGGGGUCCAAGGUGGCACUGAACACCCCUGACAUCCAAUUGCCCACCCUGGGUGUCACCCCAAAAUUGUAUUUGCUACUCAUGCUGAUUUACAUCUGUUGAACAAAGCUUUUAUUUUGACAUUGAACAGUAAGUGUUUCUUACAAACACAGCGUAGAAAUACACAAGAAGGAAGCAUCGUGUUUUAAAUAACUUUCACUCUUUAGCCUUGGCUCUAGGAUUCCUAAACAACUUUUCAUUGUGUACGCUAACGUUAGCCUCCACAAAGUUUAUGACUAACAACCGUGUACAAAUACGAUGUAAGAUAGAGAUUCAUUAGAGUAGUCAGACUCUUUACUGCAUAACCUGAAACCAUUGAGUUUUUUUAGCGAUGUUGGACGUUCUUUGUUUGUUUUCUAUAUUUCCCGUUUAAAUAACCGAUUUUUAUGUUCCUUUGAGAAUCAAAACAGCAAUAAAAUAAUUCAUAAACGCUUCUCAGCUUAUUUUGUAGCAUGUUAAAAGUGUAUGUUUUCUAAUAUAUGAAAGUUUUAAUCAAGAUUACAACAUCCAGGGCAAUGAUCAGCAUCAAUGAUUUUGUUUUAAUCUUGCAGUCAUAUGAAAUGAGUAUAUGUUUUAUCAGAUACAGUAUACUGCUCUGAUCCACAUCAAUUUGAAGACAUCUCUGCUGCUGCUUUGUUUCAGUUUAAAUUAAACACGCUAUCAGGGUUACACUUUCUCCAACAUACAUUUAGAAUUACAUUAAUUUCAUUACGUUUUGCAAUUGUUUUGUGUACAUUUGUCACAUUUGUGACGAACUCUGGGAAGUAAAUUAUCACUUGUACAUCUAAUCAGCAUAUAUAAAAUAUAUAUUAUUUUUUAAUAUGGUGCCAGGUCAGGGAUACGCACACAUUUUCGGUAAUGGUCUGUGGAGCCCCUGAAGGAGCCUUUGGACCCCCAUAUAUAAAACUCUAGCUCCUACACUGCUUCAGACAGUAGCUGUUUUUUUAUUAUUUUACCCAUGACUUUUUCGCUUCAUUAACUUUAUUAGGGUCGUUUAGGAGGGAACUUUUGCAGGCAGGCUUCCUUGAGACAUCUAGAAGUACAGUUUGCAUGUCUAAGUGUUGUUUUAGUCACACUUUAUUUAAACACAGACAUGUUCUCACUCCAUCAUGUGACUUUUUCCAUGGAUAGUGUUUUGAAAAUUGAUUGAGUGCUACUAUGUUUUCCCUUUAAAAGUGUGUUCCUAUUAUACAAGGUGUCAUUGUAAGGAGGAUUUAGUGUAUUUGUUGGCAUCUAUCAAAGUGUAUUAUCGAAUGUACAUUUAAAUUCAUCACCACCCAGGCCUGCAUUGGCAGAAAAGAAUAUCUGAGAAGGGUUUCCUGGCAACAGUGCACCUGCUCUGAAAUGAGCCAAUAGAUUGAUGUUGUUUUUCGAAUGUUUAUGCUAUUUAAAAAAAUCAUUAAUGGGCUCAAAACAAUGUUCAAACUUAAGUUUUUCAUUUUAAUAUGCACGCACAGUACAAACUAAUUAUUAUCGUCUUUAUUAGCUGGAUUUAGUUAGAUACAAGUAAUCCAAUCAAUUCCGAAAAGAUUAUGCAAUUUCAAAUUGAGACAAGGUCGUAAAUAAUAAUUUCAACACACUCUGAGCCAAAUGGAUGCAGUUUCAUAUGCAGUAUGUAUAUAUAUAACAUUUUUAUUCCUGUACAUGGGCAUUCCGGUUAUUUUCACAAUUUGUUCAAAUAGACUGCAUGGCCUUUCACGCUGAUAUGGCUUUAAUUAUUGAACAUUUUGACCGCAAAACUCUCCUGCAAACACUAGAAAUGGUUCUAAAUAGAACAUUUAGCAUCUGUAAAGAACCUUUUGUGAACCAUUUUAGUGUAGUUUUGAUGUUUAUUUGAAAAUGUGAGUGUGUAUGAAUGGGAUGCAUUGCUCAAAACAAUUGCUGUUAUUGAAUUCUUUACACCGUAUUUGUUUUAAAAAGCCUCAUAAUUAGCCAUGGUUAAAAGGUUCAAAGCACAAUAUUAAAUAAAAUGACAGGGUUUAAAAGAUGAGGCUUGGAUGUCGUCAUCUCUGCAAAAACAUAGUUCAAUGAGUUGUAUUUUACACUAAGCAUGUUUGUUUUCAUAAUAAAUAGGACCAAAACAAGACAGAUAUUUUUCAUUCUCAAGUUAAAUUGUUUUUGUAAAAAAAAAUGUUUUUACUAAAAUGGUAUCAAAAGGUCAUUUUAAUAAGGCUUGAUACUGUACAGUAAGAUUGUUUUGAUGUAGCAUGUUGUUAUUGUACAGGCUGCAGCUCAACAACGUUUGUUCCCAUUAAAUGCUGAUACAGCUCUGAAAUUAA